CACGUAAUCUAUAAUCUUCCCCUUACAAUAUCCUGCUUUAUACUUAAAUUAGCUGAAAUUCCAUACAAGAAGUCUACGAUUGAUAAGAACUUCUACAACAUCCCAUCAGCGGCGAAAAAUGUGGACAGCAUUAGGUUUGUACGCUUUUGGGCCAAGUUACAAAGAUCUUAGGGAAUAUAAAAAAUUACAAAGAUACCGAAAAACGAAAGGCGAUAGAGCAGUUCUUAUUCCAGAGGAAGCAUUUGCUGUCGAUGAAGAAUACCUUCCUUAUCUUGAUGAGGUCAGAAUCCAAGAGCAACCUCAGAACCUUCAAGAUGGCUCUUCUGUUUCGUAUGAAUCAGAAGGUAUCAAGUUUAAGUAUUCCAUGGGAGGAAAUAUCAAGUUCUACGAUGACCACAUCGCUCUAACAAGUCCAAGAAAAAAGGUGAAAAGUGGCAAGUAUUCUUACCAAAUUCUGAACGAUACUAUGGAAAGUUCUUUGAACGACUCGCCAGCGCGGAGCGCGCUAUCCGCAAAUUUUGGCACCAUGGAUAUGACACCGAGGAUUUUGAGUACACCGGUGAAAAGCACCUUAGAAUUUGACGAGAAAAAUUCUCAGGGUAGGACAGAGACAGCGUUUAAAAGUAAGCCGGAAAAUGGAAACAUCAAUUCUAACUUGCAACUUCACGCGGUGUUGGAACGAUUAAGGGUGGCAGAUGAUGAAACAACUCAGCUGUCUAAAAGUAACCCAACAUCUUCGAGUAUUGCCGAUAGUAUAGCAAAGGUUGACUCAUGGAAAACGGAUUUUAACAAUUGUAACAGUCCUUCGCAUAACGUCGAAGAGAUGAUUUCGGGGGAGACUGUCUUUCGGCAGGAAAACUCGUCGUCUGGAAAUGGCGCGAGGGUACGAGAUUACUCUCCUAUUCGGACCACACCAGCAAACGAAAAUCUGGCAAAAUUAAAAGAUGAGGUAACACCAAAUACUGAGGCCAGAAUUGAAAAUUACCCAACUAGGACGUCUGAGGAGAAGAUUAUUUGCGAACCAGAAGUUACGGAGGUUAACGUGAGCUCAAGAAAUGAAACUGGAAAUAAGAAUUUUGACGCGAAAAGAGGAGAAAUGCAGGAUCCUGAAAGAAUGAACCGAUAUAAUCGGACAUUACUCUAUGUUAAUGAGCAAAAUGAGACAUUGCAUAAUGGAGACUACAACGAAUUAAACAUUGAUAUGUCAGAUUUGAGUUCAGACGUGUUUACAGACAGCGAAAUACCCACAUCCGGGUUCUUAUCGCAAUCACGUGAUGGAAAGAGUGACUUGGAUUUUUACCCAGACUCCCCGACAACAGAACAAGCUUUCUCAAAGACUCCUUGUAGCUCCAGAAAAAACAGCUUGGAUUCAUACAUAACUGACGACAGCAUGUCCGCAACCGAAAUGAACCAAAGAAUGGGAGUGAAGAAAAAUAUGCAUCAGUCGGUUUCAAAUGGUGAAGUACAUUCAAAUUCAUUCAUAAAACAAAACGGCAGAGCAAAACAGCAACAAGGUGUAAGUAUUAAAGCAUCGGACGCGAAAUCCCAACAACUGAAAUCUAAACAAGGAGCGAAGACAAUCGAAUCGAAGAAAAUGGAUUUUAACAAGAAAGCGAAGUCUAAAGUAAAUUCGUUCAGCAAUAUUGGACACGUACCGGGAGGGGGGCGAGUGAAGAUUCAGCAAAGUAAAUUGGGUCAGCGGCUUAAACGGGUAGAACCCAGAACGGACACCCAUGGGGUUGAGGCAUACAGUAACUUACCCUCCGAAUUUCAAGAAAUUGCUAAACGCCUCGCUAAACAGGAUAAACAGCUUCGAAAUUCUAAAAUUGUCGGCAACAGUUCAAAUGGCAGAAGCCGACCUCGCUCGCGAAGAUCGAGCCGCGGCUCCAGUCGAGCAGGAAGCGUUAGUCCCGAUCGAAGAUCAACUUCCAAACCAAACUUCAGGUUGGGAAAUCUUUCAGGUUCGUCGUUCAAUCUCAACACUUCUACCACAAGCCUUGGGCAUAGCUCACCAAACAAAGCUUCCAGACGACCCGUAGUAAACAGGUCACCCAGCAUUCGAUCCAGGCCAACAACACCAAGUUUGAGUCGGUCACAUCCAGCUACUUAUGUCACACCGUACGAUUCCCGGUCACGGCCUUCUUCCAGACCUUCCUCCCGUCCGAACUCACGCCCAACGUCCCCCGUUUCGAGGUCAAGAAACGCGUCACCUACGAGUGGUGGGCGCUCACGAGGAUCGUCGCCCGUUCCGACCAGUCGAAAAUCAUCGACGCUAAGCCGAAACUCACCGAGCGUUAAGCGGUCAAAGAAAAAGAUGGCAAACGGAAUGGGGGGAAGAUCUAUGAAUCUGAACGCGCUGACAAGCGUGGAAAUCGGCCUUGCAUCUGGAUCAGUAUUUCAAGUGAUUCCAGUUCAUAAGUAACGCAGAACAUUGAGAGAAGCUUAGUUUGCAUCACCAUAUACAAUUGUCAUUGACUUCUCCAAAGCAUCUCGUGAAGCCAUCGCAAACAGCUGAAUGUGUUAUAUAAACUGCACAGUCACAGAACGGUUUCUAUUGUUGUCUUUAAUAGCUGCUGGUCAGCUACAAAUUAUAUCCUGAGCUGAGCAGGUCAUGUCGUUCGUUUUUGACGUUAUCUGUAUUGGGUUUGAUUUGCCACAGCCGAUGUUUGUUUAGCUUCCUAUGGAAAAGCAAAGAGAGGAAUUUGAAAUAAUGAAAAUAUAUCUAUAUGAUAGGGAAAAUAAAAGUGACAACGUAAAUAGCACGCAGUAAGGAAUAUGUCACAUGGCAGAGACAGGUUGCUUGGCAUUUGACACCAUCCUCAUCCUCAAAUGAGCUUGGUGACCGCUCAUAUAAUCUGUCCUCAGUAUUAGUGCACUUUGCCGAUCAGAUUAUGAGUGUAAUAAACAUAUUCUUUUAAGAGGUAACAUAAACUUCGGAAGCCCCGACAACAAUAGGAGAAAUAAUCUUGAAAACGUAACGAUCGGCAGCGGCAAAAAUGCUUGACUGCAUCUUUGGGUAUACGCUUAAGAAUGCAGUUAUCACGCUAAAAAACAAACGAAAAGCUCCUACUACUCUCAAAUUUAUCGAGUUUCCAGAGAUAACGUUAAAGCUUGUUUUCAAUAGACAAUUUUUCCAAAUCAGUAUGGAUGUUAGGCCCAAGAUAAUUAAUCUAAGGAAUUAGGAAAAAUGGCGAUUAUGAAUUAGUAGCGGUUGAUUGAAAUCAAACUAUUUCAUUAUUAAUUGUUUCGUUAUACCUCUCUUUGGUGCUAAAUUUUGUAUCUAAACAAGAGUAAUGCUUAGGCAUGGUCGUGUACGUGUUUAAAAUGGAGUGAUUUUGUAAGAAAAUGGGAUGAAUUUUCAUCA